CCCCGCGAGCUUGGCAUCAUGCGUAAGGAUGAUACUUCCGCUAGCUUUCUCGGGAGUUCGAGUGGCAUUCACUUUGUCCGCACUGUCUAUCACGCUUUUGCUCGCCGCUCCGCCGACCUGCAGCAGCAGCAGCAGCAGCAGCAGGUUCGUGCCGGCCAUGAGAGCCUGGUGCCCGGGGAGGAUGACCACCUCCGCACCGGUCAAGGCCAGGCCCACGCCCCCCUGUGGUCGACUGAUGAGCUCGAUCUGACCACCCCCAGACUCUCGUUCGACCAAUUGGUGCAACUGUCGCAUCAAUAUUUCCAGAACUGGCACCCCGUCUACCCCUUUAUCCAUGCUCCCCAUCUCCUUCGUGCCCUGGAGCAGACAAGCCAAGAAGGGAUUCAGUCCAUUAGCCGGACGGAUGCCGUGCUCAUCCGCUCCGUUAUGUCUAUCGCCGCAAUUGACACCCGACAGGCACCGGGGGGAGCAUCAGCCGCACCGGUGGUUAUGCCGGCCGAGCUGGUCUUCCAGACGGUGCACGACGCCAUGAAUGGUCUACGCGAUUUGCUGGACGAACCCUCGUCCAUCCCCUUGUUGCAGGCAGCCGUCAGUAUCCAGUUGUUUCUGACCUCCAUUCUACGCCUCAAUGCGGCGUCGCGGAUUGGAGGCUUUGUGACCCGCACCGCGUUCCAUCUGGGUCUACAUCGCUGUCCGGCGCGGUAUUCGUGCUUCAGCCCGGAAGAUGUGCUGAUCCGUCGUCGGCUGUUCUGGUCGAUCUACUGUCUCGAGCGAUACUUGAAUCAAGCCCUUGGGGUGCCCCUGAGCAUUCGGGAUGACGACUUGGAUGUAUGCUAUCCCGGAGCCGAACGCCAUACGCCGGACAACGGUGGAGAAGUGACGAUGGGUACGACGCCGGACGACCAGCGGCUCAAGCUCCUGCGCCACCUGGCCAAGUUCGCUCGUCUCCGGGGGCUGAUCUCGGAGCUACGCAACAAAUCCAUUAUGCACAGUCGGGAGAAUCUGGUGGAGGCAGCGGCGGUUGAUCGGGCUCUUCUGCAGUGGUGGAAUGAGGUGUACGAUGAUGUCUAUCCGCUGGCAUGCGACGGAGAGCCGGCUGAGGCAUCGUCCCCGUUGCAGCCCUUCCAUGCCCUCCUGCUGGUGGUUUCGCGCCACGAGGCCAAGAUUGCGCUGCACCGCCCGUUACUGGCCGCCGACAAUCCGACCACCGCCGAUUACAAAGCGGCCUUUCUCACCUGCAUCAAUUCCUCCCGGUCGUUGCUGGCCGCCUUGCAUGGCUACAUCACGGCUCCCCCCGGCGACAACCGUCCUCCGCUGAUCGUCGCCUCCUUCACCUGGACGGUGUGGAUGUCGUGUCUGAUCCUGAUCUACGCCGCCUGGACCCGCCACUUCUCUAAUGAGGGUGCUCUCCGCUACGCGCGCAUCGGGAUCGCUGUACUGCAGAACAUUGCCCGCCGGGAACGCGAGUGGCCGCAAACCUGCAUUCAAGCCAUUGAGGAUCUGUGCUCUGCUCUCGAGAAC